UUGGAGCUCUGAUCUACUAACUAUGCUCUGAAGGAACACUCGAGAAACUGGAUUCUCACGUGAUCAGCGGCAAACUAAUMAGACGGCGUAACAGACAGGAAGCUUCAUGCGUGACUUGUGGUUUCAAUAUCAUUAGUUCAAUAAAUGUACUUUAAUACUCAACACUUCGAACAAAGUCGCUUAUAUAAAGAAAUUAAUUUCUUAGCACGACGGCAAGACGUCGAUAAAGUCAUGGAGAGAAAAGCAAACUGAAAAGGAAUUUGAAAGAAUAUUCAGAAAAAAUMCGAAUGUCAAUUAAAUACGAAGAGCACUCUGUUGGGGAUUAAUUAAACAACAAAACAAAAUGGAUAUUACAUUUGGUAGUAUAUAUAGCCAUCAUGCAAUUGCCUAUUUCUAAUGAGUUCUCUCUUCCUGAAUUCAUUCAUGUAGAUUGCUAUGGCAGAUCCCGACAAAUUUUCUCCAGAACAGUUGAACUAUUUUCGAACUUGUCACGUAACAGCUCAAGUAAUUCCUGAUGGUCUUCGUAAAGUGUUUAAACGAGAAUGGGAUGCUCGCUAUCAGACAUCACAUGAUGAAUGGAACGACACUGCAAAAAAUGGCGYUGAYUUCUACAGCUUGAUACCACCAAAAGAGCAAACAUCGAAAGUAAAAGAACUUUCCAUUAUCAGAAAUGGAAAUAGAGUGGAAUGGGACUGCACAUGUCUGUUUUACGCAAUCCUUUAUUCCAAMUGCAUUGGAAGGAAUAAGCUUGACCCAAAAGUAAAGAAAGCUGUAGAUAAUCUACGACAGUAUCGUAACAAAUAUGCUCAUUAYCAUCARAGCAAAGURACCGAUMCAGAUUUCCASGCCUCGAUACAAGAUGUAAUCAACGCAUUUGAUGAUUUAAAACUCGACACAAAUGUUGUUAAAAAACUCAAAUCUCAAAGACGUUUUAAUACGGAUGAGCUCCAGAAAAUCCADGAACAGCUGGAUAAAGAGAAAAGACGUAACCAGGAGCCACAGACAUUUUGUGACUUGCCACCUAUGCCCUCACAUAUGGUCACCCCACGCUCAACCGAGGUGGACACAAUAAUGAACGAGAUGCAGYAUUUAAAAGGUCUCCAUCCAAAUGAGGUGACCCAUGUCUACCUGUCAGGAAAUCCAGGCUGUGGAAAAAGUGAAACAGCAAGACAAAUUGGCGAAAAGGUUUUUGAUGAAAACAGUGCGAGCRUUUCGUCAUAUACAUUCGUUGCUACACUUAAUGCCGCAAGCCCUGACGCACUGCUAAGGUCGUACACUAACUUCGCCCGCCUACUGCGAGUCAACGAAGAUUACAUCCAAAGUAUUGUAACCCUAAAAGCUGAUUCACCACCAGAGGACAAAGUUAUGRASUUAAUGGCACUURUAAAUYCAAAAUUGGCAUUGUUCUCUUCGUGGUUAAUGAUAGUGGAUAAUGUGGUCGAUCUUAAAAAGGCGUCACGUUUUUUCCCUCUUUUGGGUCAGAGGGUAACAGGAAGAGCACAAGUUUUAGUGACUACACAAGACAGUCAUUCAAUUCCUCUAGCAAGUCAUAAAAUUCACCAUCAAUCACUAAGUGAAGGAAUGAAGCCUGAUGACGCUGUUCGUAGUCUUUGCACUAUCUCAGACCAGCAAAUUCAARGUAAUGAAGAMGUGGUCCUYGAAAUUGCAAGAGCACUCGAUUUUCAACCACUUGCCCUCGCCUGUACUGCASUCUACGUUAAGUUAGURAGCAAAUGUGGUUCRUCCUUCACUUGGUMCAAGUGCYUUACAAAGAUCACAGAAGGGAAACGCGAACAAACUGAAAAACCGUUCCUCGAUACAAGUAGCCAGGUCUAUUCACAAUCGAUGACAACAGCUGUGAARAUGGCUUUAGAUAGAGUGGUCAAAGAAGAUACAAUCAUGAGGUUUGCAUUUCAGAUAUUGUCGGUGCUUGCCCAGGAACCAGUGCCGAUCARGUACGUUACUAGAUAUGUUCUUUUGAGCAUGCCUGAGGAAGAUGAAGAGUUGAUAGAAGCUCGCAUUGCACGCUCUUCUCUCAUUCUCAUUUCUGAUGAUUGYCAAGAUGUCCGYGUACAYCAAAUUGUGCAYGGUGUACUGCAAASCAAUGUAAGACCAACGGUUGAGGGCAAUUGYCUGAGUUUKGCAAACAUACUUACAUCAUUUUCCGAUCUAGCUACUAAUGAUAAUGAAGAACCGGGUMAAGAAUAUGUAAUGUCUACCAAGAGUCUCRUUCCACACUUUGUUAGUUUGCAAGGAGCCAUUUUUCCAAAUCUUCGAUUAUUCAUGACCUUAACUAAAGAGCAAGCACUUUUAGUAGCAAAAUGUCUCUCGUGCUGUAUCGGUAAACUAUGUUACAUGAAUGGCCAACUGAAAGAAGCGAAAAGUUAUCUUGAAAUGUCCAUCGAAAUCAAAGAAGCUUUCUGUAUUGAAGGGGACCAUUUAGUAGAACGUAAUAUUCUUGGGGAGAUUCUUUACGAACUUGGAGAUUUUAAAGGAUCCAAAUUAUGCCUUCAACAAGCACUUGGACGCCGCUCUUGUGAUUUUGACGAUAUAAAAGAAAAUGUUGGUUUACACCUGCGAGCACUGACAAACCUUGGGAAAACACUUUCCAACGACGUGAGAGUAAAACAGGAAGCUGAGCGAUAUUUGAAAGAAGCACUUGCAGUCCUUGAAAAGUCGACACUAGAUAUUCCAUUUGCAGGGCGAAUAUUGAACAAUAUUGCAAUGGUAUACUUUAAUCUUUGCAAUUACAAAGAAGCAAAGCAAUUUAUUGAAAGAGCACUCUCCAUUGACAGGACGAAGUAUGGUGAUAAUCACCCAUUUUUAUCUGAGAGAUAUAAUGACCUUGCAAUAGUUCUACAAGAAUUAGGAGAACACCACGCAGCUGAAGAAUACUUACGAAAGGCAAUUUCGGUGGUAUCACGUUAUGACGAAAAUAGUCCCUAUUUAUCAACAUACUAUGGCAAUCUUGGCAAUGUGCUAAAUGCCCUCAGACAGCACGAUGAAGCAAAGAGAUACUUGAUUAAAGCAAUUGCUGUUGUCAAAGAUAUGCAUGUCGACAACCAUCCAACAUUAGCCAUACAGUUGAAUAAUCUCAGUUUGGUGUUUAAAAAUCUCAGACAGUAUGAGGAAGCAAAGAAGUGUUUGGAAAGAGCACUUGCUAUUGACGAACGUGUUUAUGAUGAAAACCAUCCAACAUUAGCCAAACAUUUAAAUAACCUUGGGUCUGUACUACAAAAGCUCAGACAGUAUGAGGAAGCAAAGAAAUUAAUGGACAGGUCAGUUGCUAUAGACGAACGUGUUUAUGAUGAAAACCAUCCAAUAUUAGCCAUACAUUUAAACAACCUCGGUUCUGUACUACGAGACCUCAGACAGUAUGAGGAAGCAAAGAAGUUUUUGGAAAGAGCACUUGCUAUUGACGAACGUAUAUAUGAUGAAAACCAUCCAGCAUUAGCCAUAGAUUUAAACAACCUCGGUUCUGUACUACAAGACCUCAGACAGUAUGAGGAAGCAAAGAGAUUAAUGGAAAGGUCAGUUGCUAUAGACGAACGUGUUUAUGAUGAAAACCAUCCAGUAUUAGCCAUACAUUUAAACAACCUUGGUAUGGUACUACGAGACCUCAGACAGCAUAAGGAAGCCAAGAAGUGCAUUGAAAGAGCAGUUGCUAUAGACGAACGUGUUUAUGAUGAAAACCAUCCAGUAUUAGCCAUACAUUUAAACAACCUUGGUAUGGUACUACGAGACCUCAGACAGCAUAAGGAAGCCAAGAAGUGCAUUGAAAGAGCAGUUGCUAUAGACGAACGUGUUUAUGAUGAAAACCAUCCAAUAUUAGCUCAGCACUUAAAUGACCUUGGUUUGGCGUUUAUUGAUCUGAGACAGUACUGGGAAGCAAAUAGCUGCAUGGAAAGAGCGCUUGCCAUUGCUGUACAUACAUAUGAUGUUAACCAUCCUGUCUGUCAACACAUUUUAAAAAACCGACAAGAAUUGUGCAAAACGAUUUAUUGUAAUCUAAUUAAGCUACUUAUUGGCGUUUUUUGAAUGUACAUGUUGUAUUGGUUUUUCUCAGUAUAUCACUGAACCAAAAAACCCUUUUUAUCAAAACUAUGAAUUCUUUGUAAAACAUUCAACUAUUUUGAUUUUUCAACUACUAGAAUAUUUCAGUCAGUAUACGUGAUCAGGAAUUCUAGUAGUCCAGAACUGGACCCUCUUUUAUCCAUGCGCGCGCGGAGUUGAAAACUAUUAUUUUGAAUCAGCGUUCUCAACGGUCACAUGCGCUGACAAAUUUCUCUGGACCCACUUUUCUCAAUUUUCUGUAGCGAGUGCUUUGGAUUUUUAACUUUUACAUAGAAUAUUAUCUAUAGUAAUUGAGAAAAGAGGGUCCAGUUCUGGACUAGAAUUCUAGAUGCUCUAUAGUGUGUUUCCUUGUCAUAGCAAAAGAUUUAUAUGCACCGUUACUUUAUGGAACUGCAUGAGACUGCCAAGACUGAUGGCUUAUAUCAUUUUAACAUUAUAAAUAUAUUGAAUAACAAACAAGUAGUCGCGAAAGAACAACCACCCACCCAAACUUAUAUUUUGCUCUGAUAGAGAAAUAAAGGAAAGUUAUAAUGCUAAGGAGAAAGACCCUUGGAACCUCUCUGGGAUAAAAUUUGCUCUGCCUAUUUCAUCACCUCACCUAUCCUGUGUUCAUUUAUGACUAAUCUGUCAAA